UAUAAUUUCUUUUUUAUAUAAAUUCUUAUUAAUUUUACGUUUUUGAUAGCUCAAGAAUAAAUUGUCAAUAAGGUCUAACAUCUAUUAACAUCUUACUAAGGAACAUAAUAAAUUCCGCUAGAAACACAGCAGAUUUCGCUGGAAGCUGGAUUUAACAAGUUUUAAUAGUACAUUUUACAGUUCCUAAAAUAUAAGUAGCACAUAUAAGACAAAAGGAUAGCGAGUUAUUGCGGAAUCGAUCUAUUGUUCUAUCAUAAAGUCUCCUACAAUAAUUUUUAUUGUAAAAUUCCCUCCGUGUACCCGAAUAGACGAGGAUCUUUCAAGCUAGAGUCUACAAAGAGUUCUAUGUGCGUUUUGACAAUGCGACAGUUGAACAGUAUUUAAUUCGCGCGCUUUUGUUUAAAGUUAAUUGAGAACGUUUCGGACCGAUCUAGUCCAUCACCUUAACGAGCAUACACUCCGCAUAAUAAAAAUCGAUUUAUCAAUAGCAUUCUCAAAUAACCGCCUCCUCCAACAAGGACGAUCGAGCGCAAACACUUUAAUUUAAUGACGGAAUGUUCUCCGGCAAUUCAAUGGCUUUUCGCGGGAUUCGCGCCGGAAUUAGCAGUGACCAGUAUUUCUUCUUGUUCGGCGAACACAUAUUGAUGUCACGAAUAUUUAAUUAUAUUACGUGAGAUCUAUACAUAAUACCGCGUCUCUCUCAAUAUCAGCAUCAUUAAACAGAUUUUAUUUAUAUUUUUGAAAUAUCUUGCGGAGUGAAAUAUAAAUUUAUGAAAUUAUCGAUUCAUAAAGUUCACAAAGAAGCAUUUGUUACAUUUUGUCGUAAGCAAUUAAAUAGCAUUCUCUCAAGUUUUUGCAGCUUUUGCGUGUCGUGAUUUCUCUCUCUAUCUCUUUUUUUUCCAAUCGUUAGCCGACUUUCAAAGACCGAGCUGGUCGAUCGGCAAAAUGUGACAUCAAUUAUUUAAACGUAUCUCGACCAUGCGAGCAUUUCACGCUUAUUUUCAUUUCGUGAAAAAUAAAUGAGCGUUCGCGACGAUUACUGCGACUUACUUCGUAUUCAUUGCGACAAUGCAAUAUCUUCUGAUGAUUUAGAACGAGGGGUGUUCUGUUUCGUCUCGUAAUACUCUUUCUUUCCCUCUUCGUAAUAUUUGAGUGACGUGGAUAUAACUGACAAGAGAAAGUUUUUGGUAACUUGCGACGAAUUCGCGCGAGAACUUUGUGCCGCCGUACGUCGCGUGACUUUUGCGAAUGCCAAAACUGUGUAAACGUCACGUAGUCCUUGAACUUAUAACUAACGCUCGUUACGGCUGUAAAAGCGCUUUUAGAAGAUAAAAAUUCACAAUUCUCUCGGAUCAAAUCUUUGAAAUUUUGCGAAAUUGCGGGGAGAGAUAGUUAACCACCGCCUCUCGUGCAGCGAUUCGCAGUAAGACAACGUGACAUCAUUAUCACGGAGAAAAUGAAGUAAAUCUUUCUCCAAAUUCUCUAGAAUCGCGAAGAUCAUCUCUCGUCGUUAAUCCAACUUUCCACCAGCGUGCAUCGUGCGUUGACGUCAGAUUCUCCUCUCGCGGGUAGCGCGCGUCUCUCCCUCUUCGUAAAGACGCGCGCGCGAGUACUUCGCGCCUCGUCGUCGAGGACGAGGCCUCCAGCAACAGCCAGGAGUUUCCACUGGCUGUCCGAAGUGGACGUUUAUUGGGUCUUCGAUGUUUAUAAAGCGCCCGCUGCCCUCGCCACCUCGUCGCACGAUAAAACUCGGAAAUAACGAGUUCUGUCUUCUGUCCGUCAUGAGAUCGUGUAGCGUGCACACCGUCAGCCGCAGCGCGCCUCUCACAAGAUCGCCCAAGAGCAACUUGCGCAGAAUCAAUCCCAUGAAGAACGACCUGGUGGUACCCGAGAUGUCGGCACCCGUCAUUCCCCCUUCGGAGACAUUCGACCCUUCCACCGAUAGUUUUCACUCAGCCAUGAGGCCGAUCAUCAUGCUGGCUCAAUGCUUCUCCAUGCUUCCCGUGUGCGGUGUCAAUAAGCUGGAUGCUUCGUACCUUCGAUUCACCUGGCGAAGUCUGAAGAUUCUGUACUCGGCGGCCGUUCUCCUGGGCGUGUUCAGUAUGACAGUUUUCAACGUCUUGUGGAUAUUUGCUACCGGAAUAAACUCCACUAAAAUGACGGCUUUUGUUUUCUACGCCACUUCCUUGGUGACCGCGGUCUUGUUCUUACGACUAGCGAGGCAGUGGCCCUGUCUGGCUCUAACCUGGGAGAAACUGGAACGCGAAUUCACUUCUAGGCACCGGAGGAUCUCGAGGACCACUCUCGCGACUCGCUUCAAGAUCGUCACCGCCAUUGUCAUGUUGCUCGCGUUAGUGGAGCACGGUUUCGCCGUGCUUUCCGGCUAUAUCGGCGCGGUGGAGUGCGCAACGCUUCACGGGAACGCAGACAUUGUCGAUACUUACUUCCAAUCGCAAUUUCCGCAGGUGUUUACGAAAAUGUCAUACAGUCUCUGGAAGGGAAUCCUGGUGGACGUCAUAAAUAUCCUGAGUACCUUCUCGUGGAACUUUGUUGACCUGUUUCUCAUUCUUAUCAGCAUCGCUCUGACGGAUCAGUUCAGACAACUGAACAGCCGCCUGAAUUCGAUAAGAGGAAAGGCGAUGCCGGAGUGGUGGUGGGCUGAAGCCAGGAACGACUACAAUCACCUGGCGACCCUAACGCGGAAAGUGGACUCUCACAUCUCGAGCAUCGUCCUUCUGUCUUUCGCCACCAACCUAUAUUUCAUCUGUAUUCAACUGCUGUUCUCCUUCAAUCCGAUACGCGGUAUCGUGCGAAAGAUCUACUUGUGCUUCUCCUUCGGCUUCCUGCUGGCGAGGACAACGGCGGUGUCUUUGUACGCCGCUUCUGUUCACGACGAGUCACUCUUACCAGCACCAAUUUUAUACAGCGUCUCCAGUUCUAGUUACGGAAACGAGGUCUCGAGAUUCUUGACGCAAGUAAUGACGGAUAAUAUAAGCUUAACGGGGAUGAAGUUUUUCUCCGUGACGAGAAGCCUCGUGUUAACCGCGGACGCCGGGCAGGUGUACAAUGCCGGCAAUGCCACUUUGCUCUGAUCGUUGAUCCUAGAGGCGAACAAAGUGACGACCACCGUCCUGCCGAUCAGGAACGCGAACGACCCGAAGAAAU